AUGGUGAGUGGAGAGUGGCUUUUUCUUGACAUAAGCAAAAAAUGUAAGAAACAAACAUGCAAAUGUAAAGGGAAGAAACAUCUAACUGCUUCUUCUGGACCAGUGGGAUCCACGGGUUUCAGAUAUUGCAAACACUCUUCAAAGGUACACUCUAUUGUAAACCUUAAAUAUGAUGAUAGUGAGCUCAAAUACGUGGAUGGAGGCUCCGGUAUACUUGCCACAAACCACGAAAGGAUACAAGAGGUAUCCACUUACUAUCACAAAGAUUAUGACAAGAAGGAUUACAUAGAGAAGCCCCUUCUACUCAGAAUCAAAGAUGGAAGUGGAGAACACUGGUAUUCUAAUGUGGAUGCAAAGGAUAGUAAAGAAGAUCAACACGAUGAAUAUAAAGGAAAACCAAAUACAGGAUGGAAGAAGAUUGAUGGUAGCCAGUUUUAUGGUAAAUAUGACAAUCCAACUGAAAAACUUAUAGAGAAGCUCAAUGAUCUUACAUGCAAACUCCACAAACUUCAUCGUGUUGAUAUCUCUAAGGGUGAUGUUGAUGGUAAAUACUCUUGUCCUGCGUGUGGAAAGUACAAGGUUACAGUUACUAAAAAGGAAAGCUUUGGAAAAUAUAUCAAGUAUGAGCAUUCAUACAACUAUAAUCCUAACUCUGUUAGGUAUGACAGUACUGAUCUUGAAUGGAGAAUCAGUGAUAGAAAUGACUAUGAACCAUUUCCACUCAACCAUCACACUCCUAGUCUCUCUGUCUACUACUUGGACGAAGAUACUUAUCGUAUGAAACCUCUUAUUAUACAAGUAUCCGCUUUGUAUGGCAUAGUUUCUCUUGGCAACGAUGAAAAGGAAGGUAACAAAAAUUGGACUAUUAUUACUAGCAAAGAUCACGGUUUUGAACUUGAAGAAGACGAACUUGAGGAAAAACUUCAAGAACGCAAGUAUGAACUUUUCAAUCAAACAGAGAUAACUAUAUUUAAGAAAGAGCAGUAUGGGAACCAGUACUCUGAAAAGGAAGAUCAUCUUCAGAACACGGAGGUCAAGGAAGACCCUAUAUCUGGGUUAACAAAGCAUGCUACUAAUAGGCAAACCUAUGGAGAACAAGGUGUAGAACCAGAAGUUGACGAAGAAGAGGAAGAACCCAAUAAAUCUGAUGCUCCUUUAGUAGAAGCUGCUUCCGGUAAAGAUUGUUCUGGUAGUAGAAUGGAUAAACCUGAUUGUGAUGGCAGAGACCCUGAUGAAGAACCAUUGAAGGCGAUUAGUAGAGAAACUGGUAAAGCUGCUGUUUCUGUACUGGCUGGAUCAGGUCUACUUGGAUUGGCUGCAGCCGAUGUAGCUCUUGGACUGGUUAAUAGUGUUCUUGCUAGUGCUAGUCUAUCUAUUGAUGGCUCACCUCUCCCAGCUUCUGGUCCCCCCGUGCCUUUUCCUCCACUAUCUCUUAAACUUGAUGGACAUCCUAUUGACUCCCCUCCCUCUCCUUUUCCACCACCUACUCUUGCUUCUACUGUUCAAGGGUAUCCUAUUUCCGGACCUACAGAAUAUUUUCUACCACCUCCAAUUCAAAAUUCUACUACUAUUUAUACUGCUCCUCCUGAGCUUAUAGGUGAUUCCAGGGAUAGUUCUAUUCUUCGUGGACUAGAAGGUGCUUCUGCUCCAAAAUACUUGCCUGAAGAACAAGUUGAUAGGUCUAGUGCUCCUCUCAAAUUUAUAGGUGGUUCUAAUUCGCAUUCUAUAGAAGAAAAUAAUAAAUAUAUUUAUUCCGGUGGAGAAUUUAUUAUUACUGAAGAUGCUGGAGAACGAAUAUAUCCUGGAGCCGAGGAAAUCCCUGGUGAAGAGGAUAAUACUGAUACUUCUCUAUCUAGAGAACAAGAUGAUGAUAAUAAACAUCACAUUGAUCCUCAACGACCUCUUGAUGACUUACCUGACAUAAAUGAUAAUACUCAAGAUGUAACUGGUACCGGAGUACAAUACUACAAACUUGGUGAUACUCAUGUACUCAGUGGAGCUACAGAUUUUAAAUUCAAACUUUCUGAUGGUACGUAUGGACUAUUUAAUACACAUAAUGGUGGAGUUUCUGCUGUUCUAGGUGAUGUUCUUACUUAUCCCGAACUUGAUAUUGACCAAGAACUCUCUGCUCAACUCUCACCUAAACUACAAGUUGCUGGCUCUUCUGGUCCAUCUGAUACUGGAGUUACUCCUAAUCAAUCUGUUCCUUCUACUCAACAAUCUGGAGUUGGUGAUGGAGGAUCUCCUCCUAUUGCUGCUGAUCUUCCUUCUGCUGAAACUUCUGAUUCUACUGCUUCUGCUCAAUCUGGAGGUGGCUCUCCUGGUCCUGGACCUUCUCAUGGAGGCUCUUUUUGGACUUCUCAUGAAAAAUCUAUCCCUACUGUCUUGACUGGAGUUGGUGUUGUAUCUGGCUCUCUUACUGGAUUUGGCUGGUGGGCUUAUAAUCGCUAUAAAGGAGACCCUUGGGUUAGACAGAUUUAG